GCCCGCCGCCCGCGCCCCCCACGCUGGCCCAGAGGGCUGCGGCCGCGUCGCCGCUGAGGAUGUCCCGGAAGGGGCCGCGAGCGGAGGUGUGUGCGGACUGCAGCGCCCCGGACCCUGGCUGGGCUUCUAUCAGCAGAGGUGUGCUGGUCUGUGACGAGUGCUGCAGUGUGCACCGGAGCCUGGGACGCCACAUCUCCAUUGUCAAGCACCUUCGUCACAGCGCCUGGCCUCCAACGCUGCUACAGAUGGUUCACACGCUUGCCAGCAACGGGGCCAACUCCAUCUGGGAGCACUCCCUGCUGGACCCUGCACAAGUGCAGAGUGGCCGGCGCAAAGCCAACCCACAAGACAAAGUCCACCCCAUCAAGUCAGAGUUCAUCAGGGCAAAGUACCAGAUGCUGGCGUUCGUGCACAAGCUUCCCUGCCGUGAUGACGAUGGGGUCACCGCCAAAGACCUCAGCAAGCAACUGCACUCGAGUGUGCGAACAGGCAACUUGGAGACGUGUCUGCGCCUGCUUUCCCUGGGUGCCCAGGCCAACUUCUUUCACCCAGAAAAGGGCACUACACCUCUACACGUAGCUGCCAAGGCAGGGCAGACACUGCAGGCUGAGCUGCUGAUAGUGUAUGGGGCCGACCCCGGCUCCCCUGAUGUCAAUGGCCGCACGCCCAUCGACUAUGCCAGGCAGGCGGGGCACCAUGAACUGGCAGAAAGGCUAGUUGAGUGCCAGUAUGAGCUCACUGACCGGUUGGCCUUCUACCUCUGUGGACGCAAGCCUGAUCACAAGAAUGGGCAUUACAUCAUCCCACAGAUGGCGGACAGAUCUCGGCAAAAGUGCAUGUCUCAGAGCCUGGAUCUAUCUGAAUUGGCCAAAGCUGCCAAGAAGAAGCUGCAAGCACUCAGCAACCGGCUUUUUGAAGAACUUGCCAUGGAUGUGUACGAUGAGGUGGAUCGGAGAGAAAACGAUGCUGUGUGGCUGGCUACCCAAAACCACAGCACCCUGGUGACAGAGCGCAGUGCUGUGCCCUUCCUGCCUGUCAACCCUGAAUACUCAGCCACUCGGAAUCAGGGACGGCAGAAGUUGGCCCGUUUCAAUGCCCGAGAGUUUGCCACCUUGAUCAUCGACAUUCUCAGUGAGGCCAAGCGGAGGCAGCAGGGCAAGAGCCUGAGCAGCCCCACAGAAAACCUCGAGCUGUCUGCACGGAGCCAAAGUGACCUGGACGACCAGCAUGACUACGAUAGCGUGGCUUCUGACGAAGACACGGACCAGGAGCCCUUGCCCAGCGCAGGCGCCACGCGGAACAAUCGUGCCAGGAGCAUGGACUCCUCAGACCUGUCAGAUGGGGCUGUGACGCUGCAGGAGUACCUGGAGCUGAAGAAGGCGCUGGCCACGUCGGAGGCCAAAGUGCAGCAGCUCAUGAAGGUCAACAGCAGCCUGAGUGACGAGCUCCGGAGGCUGCAGAGGGAGAUCCACAAGCUGCAGGCAGAGAACCUGCAGCUCCGUCAGCAGCCAGGGCCAGCACCUGCACCCUCACUUCCCAGCGAACGGGCAGAACACACGCCCAUGGGCCCUGGUGGAAGUACCCACCGCAGGGACCGCCAGGCCUUCUCCAUGUAUGAGCCAGGCUCUGCCCUGAAGCCCUUCGGAGGCACACCUGGGGACGAACUCGCCACACGGCUCCAGCCUUUCCACAGCCCUGAGCUGGAAGAUGACGCCAUCUACUCGGUGCAUGUCCCUGCUGGCCUUUACCGGAUCCGGAAGGGGGUGUCUGCCUCCUCUGUGCCCUUCACUCCCUCCUCUCCGCUGCUGUCGUGCUCCCAAGAAGGAAGUCGCCAUGCGAGCAAGCUUUCACGCCACGGCAGUGGGGCAGACAGUGACUAUGAGAACACGCAAAGUGGGGAUCCUCUGCUUGGGCUUGAAGGGAAGCGAUUCCUCGAGCUGGGCAAGGAGGAGGAGCUGCACCCUGAGCUGGAGAGCCUGGAUGGAGACCUAGACCCCGGGCUCCCCAGCACUGAGGAUGUCAUCCUAAAGACAGAGCAGGUCACCAAGAACAUUCAGGAACUAUUGCGGGCAGCCCAGGAAUUCAAACAUGACAGCUUUGUGCCCUGCUCAGAAAAGAUCCAUUUGGCUGUGACUGAGAUGGCCUCUCUCUUCCCAAAGAGGCCAGCCCUAGAGCCUGUGCGCAGUUCACUGCGGCUGCUCAACGCCAGCGCCUACCGGCUGCAGAGCGAAUGCCGAAAGACAGUGCCUCCAGAGCCUGGAGCCCCGGUGGACUUCCAGCUGCUGACUCAGCAGGUGAUCCAGUGCGCCUAUGACAUCGCCAAGGCUGCCAAGCAGCUGGUCACCAUCACCACCCGAGAGAAGAAACAGUGACCACUUUCCCUGCCCUUACCCACACCCUGGGACCUCACUGGCCAUGGGAGCUGGGCCACGCCAGACACUAACCCACCCCCAAUAGAGCCACUGGCACAAGUGCCCUUAGUGCCGUCAUUCUCCUCUGGCAUCCAGGUGCCCUGGUGCCCACCCCUUCUAGGCCCAAGGACAGGAAUGUGAGGUGCCAGGCCUCUGUCCCCCACAUUCCAUGCCCCUCCCCCUGUACAUAGCAUCCCCUGCCCUGCUGAUGUGCAGGAGCCUCAAGGAACCCCUCCC